CGGUGCGUCGGUCCGCCGGUCCGCCAGCCGGGUCGUCCGCGCGCCUCGGCCCUCGUCGGCGUCCCGCGGUCUGGUGCGGCCCGAGCGGCGGCCGGGGUGCUCGCCAUGGCGACGUUCAUCUCGGUCCAGCUGAAGAAGACCUCGGAGGUGGACCUGGCCAAGCCGCUGGUGAAGUUCAUCCAGCAGACGUACCCGAGCGGCGGGGAGGAGCAGGCCCAGUACUGCCGCGCGGCGGAGGAGCUCAGCAAGCUGCGCCGCGCCGCGCUCGGCCGCCCGCUGGACAAGCACGAGGGCGCUCUCGAGACGCUGCUGAGAUACUAUGAUCAAAUUUGUUCUAUUGAACCCAAAUUCCCAUUCUCUGAAAAUCAGAUCUGCUUAACAUUUACCUGGAAGGAUGCUUUUGAUAAAGGUUCACUUUUUGGAGGAUCUGUAAAAUUGGCUCUUGCAAGCUUAGGAUAUGAAAAGAGCUGUGUGUUAUUCAACUGUGCGGCCUUAGCCAGCCAGAUUGCAGCGGAACAGAACCUGGAUAAUGAUGAAGGAUUGAAAAUUGCUGCCAAGCAUUACCAGUUUGCUAGUGGUGCCUUUUUACAUAUUAAAGAGACAGUUUUAUCUGCCUUAAAUCGAGAGCCUACCGUGGACCUGUCUCCAGAUACUGUUGGGACCCUCAGUCUUAUUAUGCUGGCACAGGCCCAAGAAGUAUUUUUCUUAAAAGCCACAAGAGAUAAAAUGAAAGAUGCCAUCAUAGCCAAAUUGGCUAAUCAGGCCGCUGAUUACUUUGGUGAUGCUUUUAAACAGUGUCAGUACAAAGAUACUCUUCCCAAGUAUUUUUAUUUCCAGGAGGUGUUCCCCGUCUUGGCCGCAAAACACUGUAUCAUGCAGGCCAAUGCCGAGUACCACCAGUCUGUCCUGGCAAAACAGCAGAAGAAAUUCGGAGAGGAGAUCGCAAGGUUACAGCAUGCAGCAGAAUUGAUUAAAACAGUGGCAUCUCGCUAUGAUGAAUAUGUCAACGUGAAAGAUUUUUCUGACAAAAUCAGCCGUGCUCUCUCUGCAGCAAAGAAGGAUAAUGACUUCAUUUAUCAUGAUCGAGUCCCAGACCUUAAAGAUCUAGACCCUAUUGGCAAAGCCACACUUGUGAAAUCUACCCCAGUCAGUGUACCCAUCAGCCAGAAAUUCACUGAUUUGUUUGAGAAUAUGGUUCCUGUGUCCGUGCAGCAGUCGUUGGCUGCCUACAAUCAGAGGAAAGCCGACUUGGUUAACCGGUCAAUUGCUCAGAUGAGAGAAGCCACCACUUUGGCAAAUGGGGUGUUAGCUUCCCUUAAUCUCCCAGCAGCAAUUGAAGAUGUAUCUGGAGAUACUGUGCCUCAGUCUAUAUUGACUAAAUCCACAUCUGUGAUUGAACAGGGAGGCAUCCAGACUGUUGAUCAGUUGAUUAAAGAGCUGCCGGAACUACUACAAAGAAAUAGAGAAAUCCUAGAUGAGUCAUUAAGAUUGUUGGAUGAAGAAGAAGCGACUGACAACGAUUUAAGAGCAAAAUUCAAGGAACGCUGGCAAAGGACACCAUCUAAUGAUCUCUAUAAGCCUUUAAGAGCAGAGGGAACCAGCUUCAGGUCCGUCCUGGACAAGGCUGUGCAAGCAGACGGGCAAGUGAAGGAGCGCUACCAGUCGCACCGAAACACCAUCGCGCUUCUGUGUAAGCCGGAGCCUGAGCUCAACGCUGCCAUCCCUUCUGCCAACCCAGCGAAGACCAUGCAGGGCAGCGAGGUUGUAAAUGUCUUAAAAUCCUUACUGACUAAUCUUGAUGAAAUCAAGAAGGAAAGAGAAGGGCUGGAAAAUGACUUGAAGUCCGUGAAUUUUGACAUGACAAGCAAAUUUUUGACUGCUUUGGCUCAAGAUGGUGUGAUAAACGAGGAAGCUCUUUCUGUCACCGAGCUGGAUCGGGCCUACGGAGGUCUCACAGCGAAAGUCCAAGAAUCUCUGAAGCAACAGGAAGAACUUCUUAAAAAUAUUCAGGUCUCACACCAGGAAUUUUCAAAAAUGAAGCAAUCUAAUAAUGAAGCCAACUUAAGAGAAGAAGUUUUGAAGAAUUUAGCUACUGCAUAUGACAACUUUGUUGAACUUGUAGCUAAUUUGAAGGAGGGCACAAAGUUUUACAAUGAGCUGACGGAAAUCCUGGUCAGGUUCCAGACCAAAUGCAGUGAUAUAGUGUUUGCACGGAAGACAGAAAGAGAUGAACUCUUAAAGGAUUUGCAACAGAGCAUCGCCAGGGAACCCAGUGCCCCCUCAAUCCCGACACCUGCAUAUCAGUCCUCCCCGGCGGGGGGCCAGGCUCCGGCUCCAGCGCCGCCGACGCCCGCGCCCAGGACCAUCCCGCCCGCCAAGCCCCAGCCCCCGGCCCGGCCUCCGCCCCCUGUGCUCCCGGCAAACCGAGCUCCUCCUGCCACCGCGCCAGCCUCGGUGGGGACGGCCCCUGCUCCGCAGGCACCGCCGCACGCCCCGGCAGGGACGGCCCCCGCUCCGCAGGCCCAGGGCCCCCCGUACCCAACCUACCCAGGGUACCCCGGGUAUUGCCAAAUGCCCAUGCCCAUGGGCUACAACCCGUACGCCUAUGGUCAGUACAGUAUGCCGUACCCGCCGGUGUAUCACCAGAGCCCCGGACAGGCUCCGUACCCGGGGCCCCAGCAGCCAUCAUACCCCUUCCCUCAGCCCCCGCAGCAGACUUACUACCCGCAGCAGUAACACGCCAGCCCGGCAGGUCGACUGGCUCAGUUCAAGGGGAAGGAAACGGCAGCCCUGCAGUAAGUGCACUAAAGUCCGUGCUCUGGUCACAGCCACGCGCCCUGGUGUGCGGAGCACAGUGUACAGCAUCUGUCUGUGGCUGCGAGCUGAAGCUGUGCCCAGUCCCCCGUCUGACUGCACGCUCAGAGGUGCUGCUGUCGCAGUGUAAACACUAUAAUAGGUAUAAUAGGAUUUGAGAUAAAUUACAUUUCAGUUCAUCAGAGUUGAAAAAUGAGAAAUUAAACCCACAAGUGAAACGUUUGAAAUGAUUAUACUUCUGUCUACAUGAGACCUCUGGUCGGGACGUCAGAUACUUACAGUGAGGGUUCAAGUGCUGAUAUGCAAGGAAACUACGUUCUCUUUCUCUUUUGGUUUAUCAGUUUGGUUUAAUUUCCAUUAUACUAUUUUGCAUAAUCAAAGCAUUGUAAAUCUUAUAAUUUAAAAAUAAAUUACUUAAGAACAGU